CCUACACUCGACUUGCCAAUAUGGCCGCCGCUGCGAACGCGAUGAAAUAUGUGCGUCUCGGUAACUCUGGCCUCAAGGUGUCCAGGUUGAUUCUGGGCACGGCUAUGUGGGGAAACCCGAAGUUCCUUCCGUGGUCAACCAUCGAUGAGAAAGCUGCUACAGAGCAGGUUCGAGUGGCGUAUGAACACGGCAUCACUACCUUCGAUACUGCUGAUAUCUACUGUAUGGGCCUCUCUGAGAAGAUGUUAGGGAACGCUAUAAAGCGACUCAACCUCCCUCGCGAGGAGAUCGUGAUUUUGACCAAGAUCGGCUUGCCCAUGGUUGACCUCGAGGCUCCUGACCCGGUAAAGAAGUACAUGGACCCGGAGAACAAUGGGAUCAUCAACAGGCGUGGCCUUAGUCGGAAGCACAUCUUCGAGGCUGUUGGAGAUGCGCUCAAACGGUUGCAGGUUGACUAUAUCGACGUCCUCCAAUGCCACAGGUUCGAUACGACCACACCUAUCGAGGAGACGAUGCAAGCUUUGCAUGAUGUCGUCAAAGCCGGUCAUGUACGGUACAUCGGGAUGAGUUCCUGCUGGGCCUACCAAUUCCAUGCUAUGCAAAAUUAUGCCCUCAAGAACAAUCUCACGCCCUUCAUCUCGAUGCAGAACCACUACAAUCUCCUAUACAGGGAGGACGAACGCGAGUUGUUCCCAACGCUGAAGCUGUUCGGAGUCGGCUCCAUUCCGUGGUCGCCGCUCGCUAAGGGUCUACUUGCCCGCCCGCUGAACGCUGAAGUAAAUACAAUGCGGUCUAAAGAUCCGUCGCUCGAGAAAUACAAGAGCGCUGCGACGCCGACGACCCUGUCCCGGGUGGGAGACCUCGCAAAGAAGAAGGGCGUCAGUAUGGCGCAGCUCUCGCUCGCAUGGUUAUUGCACAAGGAAGGCGUCACCGCGCCCAUCAUUGGACCUAGCAGCAUUGAGAAGUUGAAUGACUUGAUCGGGAGUCUGCAAGUCAAGCUGAGCGACGAGGAGCUGCACUCCUUAGAGGAGCCAUAUGUGCCCGUGCCCAUUUUCGGCCACUCUUAGGCUUCGACGUGCUUAUACAGCACAGUCGUUCCGAAGACACGUACUCUGGGCGAUUAAGCAGCUACCCGAGUACGAAAUUGCG